AUGGGUUCUCAUUUAACCAAAAGCAAAACGCCAGCAUCAUCCCAAAAUCCUUUAAAUUUUCCCGAAGAAUGGCUUCGUAUUGACUAUGUAUUCAGAUGUCUCUCCACAAGAGAAGUAAAAAUCCUUUUUUCUCAUCUAGACUACACUCCAACUACGAUAACAAACAUCGGAAAUGUAGAUACUCCAAUAAUCUUCUACUGCAUCUGUAAUUCAAGGCUUAAAAUAUUAAAAUGCUUAGUAGAAGAACUAAACGCUGAUUUACGCUUUGUUUACAAAGGAGAAACUGCUUUAACUACAGCUAUCAUCAACAACUGCUACGAAAGAUUCCAUUAUCUUAUCACCCUACCAAGCAUUGACAUUAACCAAGUCACAACAACCAAAAGCAGCGCUAUAAUCCACGCUGCAAAGCCAGGGAAAGAAAAAUUUUUUACCGAAUUGUGUGAAAUUAACGUCAACCUAGACCCAAUCGGCAAGCACAAAAAUAAAUCUGAGCUAUCAAGAUCAGCUGUAGACCAUUGGUACACAAACCGGGUCAUAAAAGUCCGAUUGUUAUUGUUUUGGAAGCCAUUCCAAAAAGAAGAAAACAUCCUCAAAAACUUGCCUCAGGCACUAGUGAGAGAAAUCGCUGAAUAUAUUUAA